GGGUCGUAGAACACAUAUAAAUACUCCCUUGAUCCCCGGGUCAGGUGUAGCUAUUUGCAUCUACAGGUCCUUUCCACUCAGUCAACCGUCUGGUGGCCUCAGAAAUAACCAUGCAGGUGUAUCUAAAUCUCAACUUGGCACAGGUGCCAAUGCUGGCAUCUAUCCUCGUGACCCUCACCUUCGUCUCCACCAGGAUCCGCCGUUACUUUAUACGCCGUGAAUUUGCCCGCCGCCAUGGUUGCCAAUCUGCAGUAAGGGCCAACAAGGACCUAUUACUGGGACUGGAUCAAAUUCUGCCGUUAGUCCACGAUAUCGGAAAGCACAGGCUUCUUGAGACCAUGUGGAAGCGUUAUCAUCUCUACGGAAACACUUACACAUCGAAGCGGGUGCUAAAUCCCGGGAUCUAUACCGUGGAACCGGAAAACAUAAAGACGAUUCUAUCAACCAAUUUCAAGGAUUAUGGCCUCGGGCACCGUGCACAACAUUACGAACCACUUCUGGGGAGAGGCAUAUUCGACACGGAUGGUGACCACUGGGCUACAUCUCGCGCCCUCCUCCGGCCCAGCUUCACCCGUAACAAGGUUGCGGACUUGAAGUCGUUUGAACAUUUGAUUCCAGACCUUUUUGCGCUGAUUCCGCGUGACGGGGAAACGGUUGUGGACCUACAAGACCUCUUUUUUCGCUACACGAUGGAUUCCGCCACCGCGUUUCUGUUCGGACAGUCGGUCGGCAGCCUGCGAAUGGAUCAGUCAGAUCUCAGUUUUGCCCCGGCGUUCAACUAUGCCCUCGAAGCGAUCUGGAUGAGUCUCAUUCUGGGCCCAUUCAGGAUAUUCAAGCGCGACCAGAAAGCCGAGCAAUGCUAUCGUAUCUGCCGGGAGUUUGCAGAGCGAUUCGUUGAGGAUGCGGUUAAGGCGGUUCGGUCCGGAAAGGACGAGACAAAACGUGAGAGUUACAUUUUCUCGCACGAACUGGCACGGAACACGGCUGAUAAACGGCGCAUUCUGGAUGAACUUCUAAACAUCCUGCUGGCCGGCCGUGACACCACCGCCAGCCUUCUGAGUAAUAUGUUCUUCAUGCUGGCCAAGUACCCGGCGAUCUGGGAUAAGCUGCGCAGGGAAGUGGCUAGCUUAGAGGGGCGGCUGCCUACAUAUGAGGAGCUCCGAAAUUUGAAGUACCUCAGGUGCUGUAUGAACGAAUCAUUACGCUUGCACCCCGUCGUACCGCUGAACGAGCGCCUGGCGAUGAAGGAUACUGUUCUACCACUGGGGGGAGGCAAGGAUGGUCUCUCACCCGUCUUUGUAGCCAAAGGCACCCAGGUCGCGUACAAUGUGUAUGGGAUGCACCGACGGACGGACCUUUAUGGACCCGAUGCUGAGGAAUUCCGGCCGGAGCGCUGGGAGGAUGGGCAACUUAACCCACGCUGGGAGUACCUGCCCUUCAAUGGCGGUCCACGGAUUUGUAUCGGGCAGCAAUAUGCGCUGGCCGAGGUCGGGUAUGUUACUGUCCGUAUGGCUCAGGAAUUCCAGACGUUGAAGAGUCGGGACCCAGGACCGUGGGAGGAGUCGCUGCGCUUGACCCUGUGUUCCCGGAAUGGAACCAAGGUGUCUCUUACACCAGCCUGAAUGUUGUGUCUACUGUGGUAUGCUGCCCAUGCCAUUCCACCGGGUGCCCCUGGGACAUUAUGAGCGGUGCCUGUUUUCUUCCAUUUGAUA